ACCCAUCAAAAUUCUUGUAAGGGCUUUCGAUUUGUAAAGUCAUCUCCUUUUCUGGCACUCGUUGCCUCUGCUUCCGUGGGAGGAGACUGGACUGUAACAUAGUUGUGAAUUCGUAUCUUCUCUUCCUCUACCUCUUUCCUCUGGAACUAUGUCUAUGAGCUUAACCUAUCUGCUCACCUGCACAUCCAAAAAACCCAAAUCUCUCUUUUCUGCAUUCUCAUCUCUAUCUUUUCUCCAAAUCACGAAAUCAUCGCUCUGUCUCUGCACCAUGUCCUCCUUGCCCUCCGCCGAUAACAGUCAAUUUCCACCAACGGAAAACAGUGACCUUUCAGUCCCUCCUAUUCCAAGAACACGAACCCGAACACCGCUUGAGACUCAAUUCGAAACCUGGACCCAAAACCUCAAACCCGGGUUCACCCCUACUGAUGUCGAUGCCGCCCUCCGUGCCCAAUCAGACCCUGAUCUUGCGCUCGACAUCUUCCGCUGGACUGCGCAGCAACGCAAUUACAAGCACAACCAUGUCACCUACCUCACAAUGAUCAAAACCCUCAUCGACGGUAGGCGAUACCGUCACGCGGAAACUCUAGUAGAAGAGGUAAUGGCCGGCGCUUGUGAUAUGAGCGUUGCUCUCUACAAUUCCAUGAUUCGUUUUUGUUGCAAUCGUAAGUUCCUGUUCAACCGUGCUUUUGAUGUGUAUAAAAAAAUGUUGAAGUCGGAUGAUUGUAAGCCCACGCUUGAAACCUAUACAUUGUUGCUGAAUUCGUUGCUUAGAAGAUUUAACAAGUUACAUGUUUGCUAUGUCUAUUUACAUGCUGUUAAGUCUCUGACAAAGCAAAUGAAGGCCUCCGGUGUGAUACCGGAUACUUUUGUUUUGAAUAUGAUCGUCAAGGCUUAUGCUACUUGUCUAGAGGUUGAUGAGGCGAUUAGAGUUUUUCGCGAAAUGGGUUUGUAUGGAUGCUACCCGAAUGCAUAUUCCUAUAGUUAUGUGGUGAAGGGGUUGUGUGAGAAGGGGAGAGUGGAGCAGGGUCUAGGGUUUUAUAAGGAAAUGAAGGGUAAACUAUUGGUGCCCAGUGGGAGUACUUAUAUGAUUUUGAUUUGUAGUCUUGCAAUAGAAGGGAGGUUUGAGGAGGCAAUUGAAGUGCUUUUUGAUAUGUUGGGGCAAUCAAGAGCACCAGAUUUGUUGACUUACAAGACUGUUUUGGAAGGAUUGUGUAGGGAAGGGAAGAGUGAUGAAGCUUUUGAGCUACUUGAAGAAUGUAGAAAGAGGGAUAGAUUGAUGAGCCAGAAGACUUACAAGACUUUGUUGAAUUCGUUGCAUUUUCUUAAUCAAGAGUAGAUUUGAUUCUGACUUCGGUGAUUAUAUUCAAAUGUUUGGUAACACUAAUUUCGUCAGAUUGGAAAUACUGUAAGGGCAAGCAGAAUGUUAAGAUACUGUUGAAGCAGGGCCUAAAUGUCUGAUUUAAUAUGGGAGCCAUCUGGGCCGAU